AUGUUUCCCAACCUCACACUUGCUCUAACCUUUGUUUCUCCACUGCCCAUGGACAGACAUUCAAGAUGUUGCCUGGAUCUCUCAAUAAAUUCUAUUCCAGGCCUCUCCAUCACUGUACUCCAUAUGUCCAUUGCUAACUGCAGGAUAUUUUGGAAUUUAUUGAUCAUUUGGGUCAUCACCUGUUGCUAUUCUCUGUAUUUCCUGGGUAUCAUGUACUCUGAAGAAUUAGAUUUUCUGUUAGUACUUGAAACAGAGAGGGAGAAAAAAAAGAAUAGACUGAGUGUUAGAUCGACCUCAGUUUAA